AUGUGGCCGCAUGAUGGCACACAGCUGAAAAACAACGCUUGCGGGAUCUUGCAGGUGGAAGCGGAGGGAAAGCUGUACUCGGUUCCUGAGGGCGUGGAGAUGCUCACCCCGCCUCCACAGAGCGAGUUGGACCAGUGGUGGAAGGAGUUCUUUCGGAAGUUCAGGGAGUUCUGUUCCGGCGGAGCAAACAAAGCGAAGGUCGUUGGUUCGGAUUCGGCACGACCAUCAAGGGACGCUGUGGGAGACCAGGGGAACAGCAGCCAAAGCGAUAGCGGUGGCGACGGCGACGGCACGCAUGGGGGAGCGGCGGCGGUGGCAGCGGCGGCGGCACCCAAGGACGUGCGGUCCGUGGGGGAACACUCUUGCCAGAUCUGCUUCGACCAGGACCAUUCGACGGUGAUGCUGCCCUGCGGACACGGCGGCCUGUGCUGGGACUGCGGCCUGCAGAUCUACGCCCUCACGGAGGAGUGCCCCAUGUGCCGGACCAAGAUUGAGCUGCUGGUACAGCUAGAUGGCGAGAAGCGAAGAUACGAAGGAGAGGACGAGUACGUCUCGGCCCUUUGCGCGUAAACGUUUUUCGGGGGUCCGCGUGAGUCCGACCGUCGGUGCUGCGUCUCACUGUCUCUCGCUCAUUUCAUUUCCCUCUACAUGUCUUUCGGUAUCUUGUACCUGACACUCUUGGUCGGCGGGUGUAUGUAAGCGGGCGGGAUUUUGACUUGAUCAUGGUCAUCUCUUGUGUCCCCGGAUCGUGAUGAGAGCAGGAUUAUUGAUGGAUUCCCUUUGAGCUGGGGAAGGUCUAGGGCGUGCCUUGUCCCCGACAAGGCCUUUUCAUUAUCGUUCAUGGUGUGGGCGUGCUCGGCCUUGCUGGUUUGCGUCCACCUCUCGCCUUGAGUUGUUUAUCGGAAAAUUAUAAGCGCCGGGUGCGCGAGAGGAGCGAAGGGAUCGAGCCGGAAUCGAACGACGAGGGAGGGCGGAGACGAACAACCCUUAGAGAGGUACAUGACGGCAUCGCCUGUUUUUCUUGUGCCGUCGAGCUGUUGGACCGUGUUUCCGGGGUCCCGCCUUGGUACUGGGGGCGGGCCUUCGCGCUGGGCAAGGGUGCAUGGCGGGCCCCGUCUUGUCCGCAUGUAUGUAUUGAUGCUUGAUUUGGUGUGUGUGCGUAAGUAGUAGAGAAGUGUCGUGCGGCGAGUAUGAACCGCUACAGCAGCCGUUCUCACCGUUUUCCGGACAAGGGAGCGAUGUUUCUAGAGAGAAGUGCGUGGCUUUGCCCACCCGUGGGGUGGAACCUAUCGAGAAUGUCCCAACGCCACGACGACUUGGUGUCGAACCUCCAAGGUAGUAGGAGGAUACUACUCACACACACAUCAGAGGUCUGCGGUUGUUGGUGUUCGCCUUGUUUUUGGCUUGCGCGUGUGUUGUGUUUUGUCCCUCGAAUGUCGUUGGUUUGUCAAAAGCCGAGAACGCGUGGCGGUUGUGGCGAUCGUGGCGUCGAAGAGGACGAGGCCAUGGAACGCUGGGCACGCAUGUCUGUCGACCUGUCUUUUGUACUUUUUCUUGUUUUUUGCUGGUCUUGGCGUGCCUGUCUUGCUAGAGGGCUUUUUUGUAACGGAGAUGUGUGUUUUGUGUACGCGUGUGACUCCCUCGCUUUGUGGUCGCUCUCUUCAGUCGGCUCCGGCUCAGUCCGCUGUCGUUGCCCCUCAUCAAAAUAUUGCCUGUUUUCGUGUUACCUGGUUUUUCGUGGGGCCUUGCGGGCAGGUCUUUUCCGUGUCCUUUCUCUUUGUUUUCGCUGCACCUGGCCGAAGUGGUUUCUUCUGUUUUCGUACAACUCGGCCUGAUUUUUCGGGUGGCCUGAGAUCCUUGCAAGCAAGGUGUUUUUCGGAGUGAAUCGUGAGCGAGAGGUGUGUUCCGCGUCCGUUGGUGCCGCUACAACUCACGUGCCCCCCGGAAUAUGAUCACUCCGUUGAGCGUGUGGAACGCUUGUCUGUCUGUCGCUCCCGAAUCUCUAGCUAUUCGUUAUCGUGCCAAUGGGGUUGGUGUUCAGUAAGCAAGGCGGAAGAAUACGCUGACUAGGGGUAGGUGCGAUGAAGGAAAGUAGCGGCGCCGGCCGCAGCGCUGCCGCGCCGUGGGCGGCACACAUAUACGUCCGCACGUUCGGUUGAAGCGGCACCGUAACAGGCGGCGCGAAAAGUGUACACACCAUGUCAUGGAAAGCACGUUCGGUAUGCAUGUCGUCAUCGAGGCAAGCACCUCUUUGGGGUUAUUCUGUGUUUUGACACCGAGUGGGGUAGGGAUGCGUAGAGACUAGGCCGCCCUGGAAGUGAAGGGUUUGAAGGGAUUAUUGGACCGGAUGCGGCUGCAAAAUAUAUUUUCCGUGGAACGGGCACGCGAGGAGAGGCGCAUGUAUUGCCGGUGGGAGAGAUGAACAUUUCAAACCUCGGAAGACGUUUAGACGCCUGAAUUCGAUGAUGAGGGACUGCUACUGUAUCCGUUUCCGAUGGAUGGGCGAAGGCAAGAUUGUCCGCGGGACAGAGCGUUACAGACGAAGUGCGACACACCAGACUGUCAUACAAGGUGAGGGGAUUGAUAAUCAUGAUGAGCUGGCUGAUCAACGCGGUAGCCUCAUUUGACGGCCGAUGCUUGAAAACACUCAACUCACUCGCUCGCUGGGGUGUAAGAGACGCAGCUCCCUGAUCCCUUUUCGUGACGAUGAGAUGAAGUAUCAUAUGAUGCCCGUUGAGAUGCUGCGGUGGCUUUUGAAUGACGUUCCAGGACGU